GGCCGGGCUGCUUCUCCGGCCCCGCUGCGGGGAGGCGGCCGGGCUCCGGCUAACGGGGCAGCGGCGCCCAUAAUAAUCCCUCAUUAUAGCGGAGCGGCUGCCGGGACAGUCCCUGCGCCUCGGACCGGCUCCCUGCGGCCCCACCGGACGCUGCUGCGGUGGAUGCUGGGCUGGGCUCGGCCCGGGGCAGGUGCCGGAGGGCGCGGGGGGUAGAUGGCGAGUGAAAAGCCGGUGUCAGGGCCGGACCCGCAGCCCGCGGGGCUUAUCCCUGUCGGGGCCGGAGGAGGCGGCGGCGGCGGGAGCAGCGCCGCGGUGAUGGGGGAGCUGCGAGCGUCGGGCUCCGGGGCCGUGGUGCUCCCCGCGGGGAUGAUUAACCCGUCGGUGCCGAUCCGCAACAUCCGCAUGAAAUUCGCCGUCCUCAUCGGACUCAUCCAGGUCGGGGAGGUUAGCAACCGGGACAUCGUGGAGACCGUGCUCAACCUGCUGGUUGGUGGAGAGUUUGAUCUAGAGAUGAACUUUAUAAUCCAGGACGCAGAGAGCAUAACGUGUAUGUCAGAGCUUUUAGAACACUGUGAUGUAACAUGCCAAGCAGAAAUCUGGAGUAUGUUCACAGCCAUUCUACGGAAGAGUGUCCGUAAUUUACAGACUAGCACGGAAGUUGGCUUAAUUGAACAGGUACUGCUGAAGAUGAGUACGGUGGAUGACAUGAUUGCAGAUCUUCUAGUUGAUAUGUUGGGGGUUCUUGCCAGCUACAGCAUCACUGUCAAGGAGUUGAAGCUUUUGUUCAGCAUGCUUCGAGGCGAAAAUGGAAUCUGGCCGAGACAUGCAGUUAAACUAUUGUCAGUCCUUAAUCAGAUGCCACAGAGACAUGGUCCUGAUACCUUUUUCAACUUCCCGGGCUGUAGUGCUGCAGCAAUUGCGUUACCUCCUAUUGCUAAGUGGCCUUACCAAAAUGGGUUUACUCUUAACACCUGGUUUCGUAUGGAUCCAUUAAACAAUAUUAAUGUAGAUAAAGAUAAGCCCUAUCUCUAUUGUUUUCGCACUAGCAAAGGAGUUGGCUACUCUGCUCAUUUCGUUGGCAACUGCUUAAUAGUUACAUCAUUGAAAUCAAAAGGAAAAGGUUUUCAGCAUUGUGUGAAGUAUGAUUUUCAGCCACGCAAGUGGUACAUGAUCAGCAUUGUGCACAUCUACAAUCGUUGGAGAAACAGUGAAAUUCGGUGUUACGUUAAUGGUCAACUGGUAUCCUAUGGUGAUAUGGCUUGGCAUGUUAACACAAACGAUAGCUAUGAUAAAUGUUUUCUUGGCUCUUCGGAGACAGCUGACGCAAAUAGAGUGUUUUGUGGUCAACUUGGAGCAGUAUAUGUGUUCACUGAAGCACUUAAUCCGGCACAGAUAUUUGCAAUACAUCAGUUAGGACCAGGAUAUAAGAGUACUUUCAAAUUUAAAUCUGAGAGUGAUAUUCAUCUGGCUGAGCACCACAAACAAGUUCUAUAUGAUGGGAAACUUGCAAGUAGUAUUGCUUUUACUUACAAUGCUAAGGCUACUGAUGCUCAACUAUGCCUUGAAUCCUCACCAAAGGAAAACCCUUCAAUUUUCGUACACUCUCCACAUGCUCUUAUGCUUCAGGAUGUGAAAGCUAUAGUAACCCACUCAAUUCACAGUGCAAUUCAUUCAAUUGGAGGGAUUCAGGUUCUUUUUCCUCUCUUUGCCCAGUUAGACAAUCGACAACUAAAUGACAGUCAAAUGGAAACAACUGUCUGUGCCACCCUUUUGGCUUUCCUGGUCGAACUUCUUAAGAGUUCAGUAGCCAUGCAAGAACAAAUGCUGGGUGGAAAAGGCUUUUUAGUCAUUGGCUACCUCCUUGAAAAGUCAUCUAGAGUUCAUAUAACCAGGGCAGUUCUGGAGCAAUUUUUGUCUUUUGCAAAAUAUCUGGAUGGAUUGUCACAUGGCGCACCUUUACUGAAGCAAUUGUGUGAUCACAUCCUUUUUAAUCCUGCUAUUUGGAUACAUACCCCUGCAAAGGUGCAGCUUUCACUGUAUACCUAUCUGUCUGCUGAAUUUAUUGGCACUGCUACUAUCUACACCACCAUACGCAGAGUAGGAACAGUAUUACAGCUAAUGCACACACUGAAAUACUACUACUGGGUAGUUAAUCCUGCUGAUAGCAGUGGCAUUACUCCUAAAGGACUAGAAGGUCCUCGGCCAUCACAGAAAGAAAUCAUAUCAUUACGAGCAUUUAUGCUUCUGUUUUUGAAACAGCUUAUAUUGAAGGAUAGAGGAGUCAAGGAAGAUGAGCUGCAGAGUAUAUUAAAUUACUUAUUAACAAUGCAUGAGGAUGAAAAUAUUCAUGAUGUGCUGCAGUUGCUAGUGGCUCUAAUGUCAGAACAUCCAGCAUCUAUGAUACCUGCGUUUGAUCAAAGAAAUGGGAUACGAGUCAUUUAUAAAUUACUGGCUUCCAAAAGUGAAAGUAUCUGGGUGCAGGCUCUGAAGGUACUGGGAUAUUUUCUCAAACACCUGGGUCACAAACGAAAGGUUGAAAUCAUGCAUACCCAUAGUCUUUUCACUCUUCUUGGAGAGAGGUUGAUGCUGCAUACAAAUACUGUGACCGUUACAACAUAUAACACACUUUAUGAGAUUUUGACAGAACAAGUAUGUACUCAAGUUGUUCAUAAACCACAUCCAGAGCCAGAUUCUACAGUGAAAAUUCAGAAUCCAAUGAUUCUUAAAGUGGUGGCAACAUUGUUAAAAAAUUCCACACCAAGUGCAGAGCUGAUGGAAGUUCGGCGUUUGUUUUUAUCUGAUAUGAUAAAACUUUUCAGUAAUAGUCGUGAAAACAGAAGAUGUUUACUUCAGUGUUCGGUGUGGCAGGACUGGAUGUUUUCUCUGGGAUAUAUUAACCCUAAGAAUUCUGAAGAACAGAAAAUCACAGAGAUGGUCUACAACAUCUUCCGUAUUCUCUUGUAUCAUGCAAUAAAAUAUGAAUGGGGAGGCUGGAGGGUCUGGGUGGAUACUCUUUCUAUAGCACAUUCCAAGGUCACCUAUGAAGCUCACAAGGAGUAUUUAGCAAAAAUGUAUGAAGAAUAUCAAAGGCAAGAGGAAGAGAACAUAAAAAAAGGGAAAAAGGGGAAUGUGAGCACUAUCUCGGGCCUUUCAUCUCAGACGACAGGAGCAAAAGGUGGACUGGAAAUUCGAGAGAUAGAAGACCUUUCACAAAGCCAAAGCCCAGAAAGUGAAAGAGAUUACCCUGUCAGCACAGAUACCAGGGAUUUGCUCAUGGCUACAAAGGUGUCAGAUGAAGUGCUUGGAAGUUCAGAUAGACCAGGAGGGGGUGUACAUGUUGAGGUUCAUGAUCUAUUAGUUGAUAUAAAAGCUGAAAAGGUAGAAGCCACAGAAGUAAAGCUUGAUGAUAUGGAUUUAUCACCAGAGACUCUGGUAACUGGAGAGAAUGGUGCCCUCGUGGAAGUUGAAUCCCUUUUAGAUAACGUAUAUUGUGCUGCUGUUGAGAAACUCCAAAACAACGUCCAUGGUAAUGUUGAUAUCAUUAAGAAAAGCGAAGAGAAGGAUAAUGGGCCUUUGAUAACACUGGCUGAUGAGAAAGAUGAACCUUCUACUAACAAUACCUCAUUUCUUUUUGAUAAAAUACCCAGCCAAGAAGAGAAACUUCUCCCUGAACUUUCCAGUAAUCACAUUACUAUUCCAAAUGUACAAGAGACUCAAAUGCAUCUUGGUGUGAAUGAUGAUCUUGGAUUGCUUGCUCACAUGACUGGUAGUGUAGAUAUAACAUGUACUUCAAGUAUAAUAGAGGAUAAGGAGUUCAAGAUUCAUACAACUUCAGAUGGAAUGAGCAACCUUUCUGAAAGAGCAUUGGGUUCAUCAUCCAAAGGAUUAGAAUAUGCUGAAAUGACAGCUACAACCCUGGAGACAGAGUCUUCUGGUAGCAAAAGUCUACCUAAUGUUGAUGCAGGAAGUAUAAUAUCAGAUACUGAAAGAUCUGAUGAUGGUAAAGAAGCAGGGAAGGAGAUAAGGAAGAUCCAGACAACUACUACAACCCAAGCUGUGCAAGGUCGGUCUGUUACCCAGCAAGACAGAGACUUGAGAGUUGACUUGGGAUUUCGAGGAAUGCCAAUGACAGAAGAACAACGACGCCAGUUUAGUCCAGGUCCACGCACAACUAUGUUUCGUAUUCCAGAGUUUAAAUGGUCUCCAAUGCAUCAGAGGCUGCUGACAGAUUUGCUGUUUGCAUUAGAAACAGACGUACAUGUUUGGAGAAGUCAUUCUACAAAAUCUGUAAUGGACUUUGUCAAUAGCAAUGAAAACAUUAUUUUUGUACACAACACGAUUCACCUCAUUUCCCAGAUGGUAGACAAUAUUAUCAUUGCUUGUGGAGGGAUUUUGCCAUUGUUAUCUGCAGCCACAUCUCCAACUGGUUCUAAGACUGAAUUGGAAAAUAUUGAAGUGACACAAGGAAUGUCAGCAGAGACAGCAGUGACUUUCCUGAGCCGUCUGAUGGCCAUGGUUGAUGUACUUGUAUUUGCCAGUUCUCUAAACUUCAGUGAGAUUGAAGCUGAAAAAAACAUGUCUUCUGGAGGCUUAAUGCGACAGUGCCUAAGGCUGGUUUGUUGUGUUGCUGUGAGAAACUGUUUAGAGUGUCGACAAAGACAAAGAGAGAGGGUGAACAAAUCUUCACUAAUCAGCAGUAAAACUCAGGAGACUCUUCAGGGUGUGACUGCAACAGCAAUGACCAAGUCACCAUUGGAAAAUGUUCCUGGUAACCUUUCCCCAAUAAAGGAUCCUGAUAGACUUCUUCAGGAUGUUGACAUUAAUCGUCUGCGAGCAGUUGUUUUUCGUGAUGUGGAUGAUAGCAAACAGGCUCAAUUUUUGGCUUUGGCAGUAGUUUACUUUAUUUCUGUGCUGAUGGUCUCCAAGUACCGUGAUAUACUAGAACCUCAACGGGAGACUGCAAGAUGUGGGAGCCAGGCAGGUAGAAAUAUCAGACAAGAAAUAAAUUCACCAACAAGUACAGUUGUGGUCAUACCAUCUAUCCCUCACCCAAGUUUGAACCAUGGAUUCCUUGCCAAGUUAAUUCCUGAGCAGAGCUUUGCCCACUCAUUUUACAAAGAGACUCCUGCUGUAUUUCCAGAGAAUAUCAAGGAAAAAGAAACACCAACACCAGUUGAAGAUAUUCAGCUGGAAAGCUCCAUUCCUCAUACAGAUUCUGGUAUUGGAGAGGAGCAGAUGCCCAGCAUCUUAAAUGGGACAGAUUUAGAGACAAGCACAGGCCCUGAUGCUAUGAGUGAAUUAUUGUCUACUUUGUCUUCUGAGGUAAAGAAAUCUCAGGAAAGCUUAACAGAAAGUCCCAGUGAAAUCUUGAAGCCUGCACCUUCAAUAUCCAGCAUCAGCCAAAGCAAAGGCAUGAAUGUCAAGGAGAUACUAAAAAGCCUUGUGGCAGCCCCCAUUGAAAUUGCAGAGUGUGGUCCUGAUCCUAUCCCUUACCCAGAUCCUGCGUUGAAGAGGGAAGCUCAGUCAAUUCUUCCCAUGCAGUUUCACUCCUUUGACAGGAGUGUUGUCGUACCUGUAAAGAAACCGCCUCCAGGUAGUCUAGCUGUUACCACAGUUGGAGCUGCUACUGCUGGAGGUGUUCUGCCACCGGGUACUACACCAAACAUAUUUGCUGCUACAGGAGCUACACCAAAAAGUAUGAUUAAUACAACAGGUGCAGUGGAUUCAGGAUCUUCCUCUUCCUCUUCAUCCUCUAGCUUUGUGAAUGGUGCUACCAGUAAAAAUCUUCCGGCUGUACAAACUGUUGCUCCAAUGCCAGAAGAUUCAGCUGAAAACAUGAGCAUUACUGCAAAGCUUGAAAGAGCUUUAGAAAAAGUGGCCCCACUCCUGCGUGAAAUUUUUGUAGACUUCGCCCCUUUCUUGUCCCGUACGCUGUUGGGCAGUCACGGACAAGAACUGCUGAUUGAAGGCCUUGUGUGCAUGAAGUCGAGUACUUCUGUGGUUGAACUUGUUAUGCUGCUUUGUUCGCAGGAAUGGCAGAAUUCUAUUCAGAAGAAUGCAGGACUUGCGUUUAUUGAGCUCAUCAAUGAAGGAAGAUUAUUAUGUCAUGCAAUGAAAGACCACAUAGUGCGUGUUGCGAAUGAGGCGGAGUUUAUUUUGAACCGACAAAGAGCUGAAGAUGUACACAAACACGCCGAAUUUGAGUCACAGUGUGCUCAAUAUGCUGCUGAUAGAAGAGAGGAGGAAAAGAUGUGUGACCACCUUAUAAGUGCUGCUAAACAUCGUGAUCAUGUUACAGCCAAUCAGCUGAAACAGAAGAUACUAAAUAUCCUAACAAACAAACAUGGUGCUUGGGGAGCAGUCUCUCACAGCCAACUACAUGACUUCUGGCGCUUGGAUUAUUGGGAGGAUGAUCUGCGCCGGCGAAGGCGAUUUGUUCGCAAUGCUUUUGGAUCCACUCAUUCUGAUGCCCUCCUCAAAGCUGCUGUGGACUAUGGCACUGAAGAAGAUGUAGUAAAGUCAAAGAAAACUUUCCGAAGUCAGGCUGUGGUAAAUCAGAAUGCAGAAACCGAGCUCAUGCUGGAAGGGGAUGAUGAUGCUGUCAGUCUGCUCCAAGAGAAAGAGAUUGACAACCUUGCAGGCCCGGUGGUUCUCAGCACGCCGGCACAGCUCAUCGCCCCUGUGGUGGUGGCCAAAGGUACCCUCUCCAUCACCACCACGGAAAUCUACUUCGAGGUGGAUGAAGAUGAUCCGGCCUUCAAGAAGAUUGACCCCAAAGUGAGUAGACUGCGUUUCCUCGUGGGCUGGGUGUGUUUACAGUCUGCAUUGUCUGAACGCGAUGUGUAUGUUAAACACUGCCCGGAGAACACAAUCGGAACGCACAUCCUAGGGUACGGAAGGUCCCCUCCUCCACCCAAACGCCUCUUACUCCUGUGGGCUUUUACUGUGUUUUAUUAA